GUCAUUGCGGCGCCUCCAUGACCAAGCUUAUUGAAAAACCUAAUGCUUAUUAAUGAAGUGAAUAGGCGCCAUGUAAAUCAAAGGCCCAGAAACUGCAUAUUUUUUCGCGUUUAAGAGUUGUGAGCAAGCUAUCUUAAGACAUGAAGCAGGAAGCGAGGAUUGAGUGAAAGAAUGUUGGAGUCAAGAAGUUCAAAAUAAGCGCCAUUUUUUGAAGCACGUUGCAGUUUUCUCCUUGACAAUGCGAUCAAUUACACAUGACACUUGGUGAACUUAAGUGAAGGACAAUGCAUCGGUAAAACUGAGUGGAUCCGGAAUCCGAGUUGAAUCAUUCUGGUUGGUCGACACUAAACACGAUUCUCCUACAGCCGGUUGCCACGUUUUUCAAUGGUUUUUGUUUUUUCAAGGGGAAUCUCUUGGAACUUUGUGCGUAUUGAAAGGAUUUUUGUGAAGAAAUGUCAUCCGUGAAGGUUGGCUGAUUUCUUUUGAUCUUCAGGUUCAAUUACUGGUCCAGAAGGAGGAAUACAAAGCAGAAAUUCUUUAAUAGUGUUUAUCCUUUAGAUGUCGCGUGGAACCUAUGCAUCUCGCUCAUCGAUCAAGCCUAUUCUCCUCCCUCUUCGCCAUGACGCAACCUCACUUGUCGCUAUUUAGUCGAUAGAUACCCUGCUUCUUAUUAGAAACAAUCAUACUUAGAUAAACGUCACAUCAGCUUGAAUCAAACGCUCUCUCGAUUACGUAUUAACUAUCGCUUCUAGCAGUACAAAAUGAACACCUUACCAGCAAGCACAAAAUUGGCCGUUUCCAUGGUAUGGCUAGUCUCUCUGUUGGACAUCUCUCUUGUUCUAGUGCGGGCUAAUUCAGAACCCUUGCAAGGGAGUCUUGCUAGCUGUACAAAUCAACACGAUGUGGAUCGCAGCCUCACCAUACUGGCGGGAAACCCUUGUAUUUCGUGUGUAUGCCAGAAUGGGCGAGUGGAGUGCAUUCGGAUCACAUGUCCUGCUAGGCCAAAAUGCCGUGGAAUAUUGAAGCGAAUCCCGGGCAAAUGCUGUCGAGUAUGUGUAGACUCUACCAUGUGCUUUGUUGGCGAUGACUCAUACAAGGAUGGCGAAUGGUGGUAUGUUCCGGGUUGUCGGAUAUGUCAAUGUAACAACGGAUCGAUCAAAUGUAAAAAACAACAGUGUUCAAUCGACUUAAAAUGUUCUCAAGGUCGCAAGCCAGGUCUUCUUCCAGGCUCAUGUUGUUUACAAUGCAUCGAAGAAACUGGUGUCUGUACAUCGUAUGGAUAUCCUCAUUACCAAACAUUCGAUGGAAAAAUGUUUAAUUUCCAAGGAAACUGUCGCUACCGUCUGGCUUCAGAUUGCAAACAGGAAAACUUUACGGUGCGCGUGCGCAAUGAGCGUCGUCAGACCAGAUCACGUGCCAAGUCCCUGACGAUUACCAUUGGUCCAACCCACAUCUCACUUCACCGAAGUCUAGCAGUGAGAGUUAAUCGCAGUGACGUAAAAUUACCGUUCUAUAGAUUACCAGAUUUGCAAAUCACAAAAAAGAAUUUCGUUAUCACUGUACUUACUAAGAUUGGGCUGGAGGUGUUAUGGGAUGGGGAUAGCUAUAUUGAAGUUCACGUUCCCAAGAGAUUCAAGGCAAGGACCUGUGGACUGUGCGGAAACUUCAAUGGAAACUCGGCAGACGAUUUUACUCUAAAAAAUGGCAAAAUUGCAGCCUCAGCGAAUGAGUUUGGAGAAAAUUGGGCAAUUGGAAGAAGAAGAAACGACUGCGAGAGAGCGCCUGCUCCACCGAUAGAUACCGCAGUCACAAAGUGCCGUCGUAGUCCCCUACAUCACUGGCGUGCGAGGAAGCGUUGCUGGCCAAUUAAAAGUCAUUUUUCAAACUGUCACACGAGUGUGCACCCUCAUAGAUACUACAAAUCUUGCAUCAGUGACGUGUGUUCGUGUCAGAGUAAAAGAUGCGAGUGUGAAGCCCUACUUGCAUAUGCACGUGCGUGUAGACGAAUGGGUGUUGAUGUAAGAUGGGGAAGGCGAAGAGCAUGUGGGGUUGUCUGCAAAGGGGGCUCUGUGUUUGACGAUUGUGUUCCAGCAUGUAAGAAGACGUGUAAAAACAAGGAUGACCCGACCGCAGCUUGUGCAAACCAGCAUUGUCUACCUGGGUGUAGAUGUCCUGCUGGACAAGUCUGGGACGAUAGAGAAAACCAGUGUAUCUUCAAAUGGAUGUGUCCACCCCCGAUAAGCAAGUUAGAGGAAAGAAGUAAGAAGAACAAGAAAUUGUAGGACCCUGCAUGCCAUAAAUCACAUAAUCAAGGCAGGAAGACUACCAAUGGCAGACUAACCACUCUGGCUAAGAAUCGUAUUGAUAUCCACAGAAAAAAGAAAAUGGCUGGUAAAGCUGUCCAUAUCACUGAAAAUAAUUUAAGUACAGGAAAGGUUUAAAAAGUGAACAGGGUCAUAUAUAAUGAACAUGAGUGUUUAGAAUGAUAUAUGUAAGUAUCUAGAUGUGAGUGUGCAAAAUGUGUAUGGAGUAUUAAGAUUGGGCACAGUUGUAAGACUAAAAGUGGGCAAAAGAAGCGCUGCAGCGGUGACUUCACAGAUCAAUCAAAGACAGACGACCGUUCUUUUGGUUACUGCCUGGAUUUGAGUGAGACCAAUCGGGCUGAGAGGAACGUGGGAUUGUGUCUUCUCUAGGCCUGCCUAUUGCAUGAAGUACUCUCCAGUAGUUCCAUCAUGAUGUACCCUAAUCCCCUCCAUAAACUUUGUAAAUGCAAGAAUAUAUCCAGAAUGAAUAGAAGUGAUUGGUAAAAAAAUGUAAAUAGUGCCAAACUACUUAUUGGCCUUACCGAGGUUGCGCAGACAACUGGUAAAGAGUAGGACGUAUGCUGAUUCAUGCGGCUGUUUUAAGGAUACCAUUUGUCUUUUUUGUUGUUGUUGUUUUACACGUUUUAGUUUUUAAAUCGAGUCACAUUUACAAAAUGUAUCCCUAAAACAGCCCCACGAUUCACCGCGCGUCUAACUUAUUGCCAGUUUUUUUGCGCAACCUCGGAAAUGCCAAUUCUGGAAGUUGCAAUCAGAAGCAGUCGAUACAGAAAACGAAUGGGCGCUAAUCCCUCAUAAAGUACAUUGGUUGUUUGUUGAGCAUAACAGAAUAGCUUCGUCCCGUUUUUUGCCCGUAGGGAGGAGGGUUGAGAAGCGGCUGUACACAGGCUUAACACGAUGGAAAGAAUUUAUGGUGACAUACUACAAUUGUUUUUGAUAAUUAAGGCGCUCCUGUUAUUGGCCCAAUAGAGGUUUUGCACCAUCACGUGACGGCAGCCAUGUUAGAUGUCAGGAACGAUAAAAUCGUUUUACAUGAGAAAGAAUUCAAUCCCGAGAGCACAGGGAUUUUAUUGUUCUGCCAUCUAACCACAGGCAGACCAAGCUGGAUUAUGGCGCCGGCACGUGAUGGUGCAAAACCUCUAUGCAAAUUAUUGUAUGCCAAAAUGUAUUGGAAUUCGAUAUCAUUCUGUAGGAAUAUUAUAUCAAAUGGUAUUCAGUUCUGUAAUAAAAGGAUAUAAUCGAAAUGUGUUUCAUACUCCGUUUCACCGUUAUUAAAGAUUAUUAAAGCAAAA